GACACAUAUCAACAAUCACUUACUAGCAUUUCAAUGGGUUCUGUAUCUGUAACUAAAUAAUCGCAUAGCUGCAGUGGGUUAACAUCUUUCAGUUAACGGACAUAUAGUUGUUAUCGUAGCAUAUAAUCCGUACCAGAUACAAGCGUCGACAGUCUGCUUUCGGCUUUACAGAGACAUGUUUACAUCACAAACAUCCUCGUUUCAAGAGUCCAUAGACGUGGAUGAAAGAGAUGGAGACUUCGACAACGAAGAGAUCGCCGGAUACAGCCAGAAAAUACAACAGAUUAACAGUUACUAUGCUAUAUAUUACUACCAGAGCACAAGAUCUGAGGCUUCUGGAGAAAGUGUGGCGUGGAACCAGAGGAGGUCAGACUCAACUACAAGUCAGGAUGACUUUAGUCUUACCCUAUUGGACUCCAGUUUGGCACCGGAGGCGGAGCCAGAACUGCGGAGCUAUAUCUCUCGCAGGUUGAGCAAGGGUGCUCUGCUGGGGGGUAUGGGCAACAUUGCCACUGUGGAACUAAGCCUCUCUGAGCAAGCAGUGGGCUGCUACUGCUGUCUGUUGGAGCAAGAGAAAUCUCCUCAACAGCCUGAGGCGGAUGGCAAUGGCUGGGUGGUGUGUCUUCUAGGAGGAUCAGAGAAGGGCCUGAAUACAUUCAGAAUUGAGCUGGACAAGUAUGUGCAGGGUCUGCAGGGCAGUUUGACUCCAGAGAUGGAGAAUUUGGAGACCGAUUUGAGACCUUACCUGAGCUGCUGGUAUGAAGAGGCGGUGAUGCAUAUUCACAGAGUGGUUCAGCUGUUGCAACCAAACAUCGGCUACCUUCUGCAUGCUGCUUUGAGUCACAAGCUAGUAGAAGUCACAGGGGCCGAUGAGAGGACAAAAGCAGAUGUAGCAAGAUUUAUUAAAGCAGCAAGCCUGCAGGGUCUAGUCCAGGAGGACACCACCACUGCUUCUCUGUGUAAGGCCAUGUCAGAGGAAUCCCACACCAAUCUGAUCAUCGACUUCUCCACUACCCCACCCGCACUUACCAACGCAGUCAGUAACCGGUUCUGUGAUGACUGGAUCCAGGCUUUCCUCAAUGCUGCUGAGCGCUUUAACCCUUUCCUCCUUCGCCAGAUCUUGGAGAACUUCAAACUGAAGGCCAUUCAGGACAUGAACAACCUGAAGCGUUUUAUUCGCCAGGCUGAAAUGAGUCACUAUGCUCUCUUUCGCUGCUGUCUCUUCCUUCAAAACUGUGGAAAUGGGAAUGUGCUGCUUCAGAACGCACGAGCCGAGCACAGCAGCCUUCCCGAAGCCUGUGGAAUCAUAAACGUCCUGGAGGAGUUUCUCGGUGAGCAGGCACAGGGCACACUGUAAUGACACUUCUAGGCCUGCAGAGGACCAACUGUCUGAGAUAAUUUUGUAAGCACUCACCCCCUGAAUUUCCUAAUUCAGCUCCCGUAAUUAAAGCUAGCUGUGAGGUCAUAGAUUUGCAAUUUCAAUUUAACACUAAAUAUAGUCCAUUUUUAUACAUUCAUGAUUAUUUAUUUAUUAUUCAAAUUAUUUUGCUGUGAUGUGCUGCUGUAUGUUGAUUUAGGUGCUUUAAUUUCACUGAAUUGUGAAUAAUUAGAAACAGAUCCUGUAAAAUGGACCAACUAAAAUACUAUGUGGUCAAGCUUAUUUGAAGUUAUUUUGUCUUGGUUAAUGUGUAUGUAAAUAUAAUACUACUGUUUAUAUGUGAUACAUGAUUCUAAUAUGUAAUAAUCAUUUGCAUAGUGGACUUUUGAAAAACUUGGAUAUUUGUGCUAAAAUAGAUUCAGCAGUUCUGCACAUUAAUCGCAUAAUCCUGAUACUCUGCAUGAGCCUAUAUUAACAUUUAACACUUAAUGAUGAAAACGGCACAUUUCAGUGGAAAUAACAUGCCACAAAGUGUUAGCAAGUGCUAAUAUUUAUAACUUAUUUUACUUGAUGUCUGAGGCUUCAGAUGUAUUUUUUAAAUGCAUUUGUUUACCAAAGACAGACAAGAACUCAGAAUCUUUAAUCUUAUUAAUAUGCUACCAAAUUAAUUGCAUUAAUACUGAAAAAAUUGUAAAUGUAAUGAACAAAAUUUUGUGUUGCGUUCAAAAAUAAGUUAUGGUGAAUACUGAUAAGGUGUGAAGUACAGUAAUGUGUAUGUAUUUGCUUAAGAAAUGUGUUUCCUGAAAUUCCCUUAUGAUUUGGCCUGACUGUGGAUCAUUUGUUCCAGCAUUUAAUAUAAGAAUCUCAAAAACUUGUUUAAUACUCUGUGCAUUAUGUCAGCUCUGUGCAUUUAUACAGCUAACCUUAAUUUAUGAUGGUAAUACAGUAAUUAAACUAAAUAAGUUUACAUUUGGAAGUACUUGUUGCAUCCUUGCGCCCAAUUUAAGUUUAUAAGAGACUUGUGGAUGUAUGUUUAGCAUUUUUGGGCUGUCAUAUAAUGACCACCAGAGGGCAGUGCAGGAGCGAUGGGACAUAAAAAGGUAGGAGGCUGCUUGAGCUUGGGACUUUUGAGGGUUUUUUUUCACACAAGUUUAGGCCUGUUGUAUCGUACACUAGGACAACUCUUUUUUUUUUAUUAAAUGCAAGUAAUUACACACAGACUUUGUAUUUAUCAAGCUGAAGCAACCCAAAUUAUGGACGUUUUUUCCACACUAAUAUACACUAAACACACUAAUAUACACUAAACAUACAAUCAUAUAAAACUAGUUACAAUGCAUUGAUGAUCAGCUUGAAAAUGAAUGAUUAAGUAAUAGCAUAAUAAUUAAAAUUACUCAUUUAACUUCCCUCAAAACAUUUUCUUAAGACACUAAACAACUUGUUAGCAAAAUGUGAUUUCAAAGUACCUUUUGUAAUUUUCUAUAUCAACAAAAUGAGUGCCUUCCAGCAAGUUGCAAUUAAAUCUAUAUUCUUCCUGAAUUAACUUGUCUAUCUAAACAUCCACGUAUAUCUAAAAAUUCCAAGUAUCAUAUGAACAAUCACAAUAUCAAAGUUAACAAAAAUAGAAUCUAACAUACAUUUCCAAAACAGGCCUGGUGCAGAUAUGCUAAACAUAUUGUUCAUAUCAUAACAUAGACAAAUGUCUCCCUUUAAUAGAAAUCAAAAUAUCACUUUGAAACCUUGAUGUCAAAGGCUACAACUCCAUGAAAAGAAAACCCCAGCUAGGUGGUCACAUUUUCAAAACUUUGCAUACACAGCACUUUUCCUUUGGAGCCAUUUUUUGGGAUUAUACUGUAUACUUUAUCAGGCUCCCCUUCAUCUAACUCUUCCUCAGAACUGCGAGUCUGGAACCGAGCAAGAUCCUCACAAAUGCAUUCCAGGGCAAUUCUGAUGCUGUUGUUCAUUCCUUUUAAAAGACAAUGAAACUUCUGCCAGUGGUGUAAAGUAUUGGAGUAAAUGUACUUAGUUACUUUACUUAAGUAUCUUUUUGGCUACUUUGUAGUUGUACUGAGUAUUAAAGAUAUUAGCAACUUUUACUCUCUACUUAACUACAUUUUUGAACAAGUAUAUGUACUCUUUACUCCACUACAUUUGUAAUGACUAAUGCAAUUACACAUUACAUUUUGCAUGCCACCUAUCUUAUAAUUAAUAUUGCCAUUCACAGGGCAUUGAAGGUACUACAAUCUUGUGGAUUUUGCCAUAACUUACAAAAACUUGUCAACAUGGCUUCUUUAUAUGAAUAUGAGUGCAGUAUCAGGUAGAUGUCAAUCGCUGGCGGUUUAUACACGGUUAGCCCUUACCCGCUAUUUCUACAGUAAUAUAUUGGCAACACUGUUGCCAGCUAGUUGCUGUAGGUCACACAUCUACAAAAGCUCUUAUUUUUAAAACUAACUCUUCCUAAAUGUGCUCUAAACAUGUUUGCUCAAAAUUUGACCAUGUGGUGGGACUAUUGCCAUGAAGUGAUGUAAACCAGUAAAAAGAAUGUAUAGUAUUUCAAUUUUCAAAAGUGCUCUCACACUAUAUAGACAAAAUAUUAACCUAUAGAAUGAGUCGGACACAGAG